UCAAUGUUUUCCUUUCUCUGUCCUGAUCGAGACAAAACCCAUUAAAUCUCAGCUUCUCAUGGUUUGAUUCUGGUAAAGCAGAAAAGAGUUUGACAUGGGUGUUUCGUUUAAGGUAUCAAAAAUCGGUUCUAGGUACAAGCCCAACCCUUUUUUUCAAUCCGAGGAUUCAGUUGAUGUUGUCUCUGAGAAUUCUAGAGAGAGCUCACGGUCAAGAAAGCUCCAGGGUGAUAUUGUUGAAGGCAUUGAGCGUGUUCCUGGGGUGUCUCAAUCAAUAAUUUCUGAUGCAAUGCAUCGUGUUCCUGCAGACCAUGAAAUUUCCUUCACCUUGAAUCUUUACCCAGAUGGCUAUUCUAUUGGAAAGCCCCAAGAGGAAGCUUUGCAUACUGUUCCGGAUGCUCCAAAGUUGCAUCCAUAUGAUAGGUCAUCUGAAACUCUCUUUUCAGCAAUUGAAUCUGGCCGGUUGCCAAGCGAUAUUUUGGAUGAUAUACCUUGCAGAUAUGUUGAUGGGACACUCAUAUGUGAGGUGCGUGAUUAUCGGAAAGUUGCACCUCAUCAAGGAUCUAACACCCCACCAAUUGAUGGAGCCCCUAUCAUCAAUAAAGUGCGUCUUAAGAUGUCUUUGGAGAAUGUAGUGAAGGAUAUUCCAUUUAUCUCAGAUAAUUCAUGGACGUAUGGUGAUUUGAUGGAAGCAGAGUCUCGGAUAUUGAAAGCCUUGCAACCACAACUUUGUUUAGAUCCCACUCCCAAAUUGGACAGACUCUGUACUAACCCUGUUCCAACUAAGCUUGACCUUGCUUCAUGCAGCUUGAGGAGAAAGAGAUUGAGGCAGACUCCAGAAGUUACAGUCACCUCUACUAGUAAGAUCCAUGGGAAGAAGGUUUAUAUAGAUAGAGUGACAGAAAGCUCUAAUGGCAGGUUGGGAGAGGCUGGAAUUGUUACAGGGAGUUUGAUGCUACAACAGGAAAAUCUGAUUUCUCAAAGUAUUGGUUCAAGCAAUUUGCUGGGAUUAAGACCUAAAAGUUUUAUGCAAGAUUCAUCCAUUCCAGCACUACCCAUGGCAACACAGUCACCAAGGUAUCGGAUGGGGCUUGCGAAUGCUAGGAGCAUGCAGGAUCAUGGGUCUAGCUCUUUUAUCACCGCAUCAGCUGCCUCCCUUGUUGGGCAGGACGUGACAAUGUCGUACACUGACAACAUAAACUCUGGUGCUUCUCUUCUUGGGAAGAGGGAGAACCUAGAUGGUCCAAUGUCACCUUUGUCUGGCCUUAAUAAAAGAACUAGACUUAAUGCUGUUGGCGCAGACGGGGUGCAACAGCAACAAGUUGGGCCACAUAUGGAUGGCCUGCAUGGACAGGAUAUGAGCUGGAAGAAUAUGUUACUUCCCCAGCAAGCAAUUGCGAGAGGAAUUCAGUGUGCCAAUACGAGCAUGCAGAGGCACCCUCAGCAGGUUUUUGAAGGGGUUCUGAAUCAGGAGGCUGGUGCAAUGCCAUUUGCUACAGGACAUCAAGCAUUGAGAUAUGGUGCUAAGGAAGAGCCAUUUGAUCCUACUGACAAGUUGGAUGGCUCUGAGCUGAACCGGGAAUCUGAUGCAAACCAUUUGGACCCACAUCAGACACGCCUUCAACCAAGAUCAUUGCAUGGAUUUGCAAGACCUGGUUUUCCUCAAACAACUUGGAACAACAUUAAUCAGCAUGUCGAGAAAGAUGCGAGAAAGGAAGAAUUCCAAAAAUGGAAAUCAGUGCAAAGCCCACGUUUAUCAAGUGGAGCUUUGCCACAAUCUCCACUAUCAUCAAAAUCUGGGGAAUUUUUAAGUGGUCCUGUAGGACAUCACUUUGGAGCUGUUGCAGCAGCCUCUUCCCUUGGAGCAUCUCUAAAGGAGAAAGCUGUCAACUCAGUUCCUGCUGUUGGCGGUACUCCAUCUUUGACUUCAAGUGCAAAUGAUUCUAUGCAACGGCAACACCAGGCUCAAGCUGCUGCUAAGAGAAGAUCAAAUUCCCUCCCCAAAACCCCUGUAAUAAACACAGUUGGAUCUCCCGCAAGUGUUAGCAAUAUGAGUGUUCCAUUAAAUGCAAGCAGUCCUUCCGUUGGUACCCCACCUUUGGGUGAUCAAACAAUGCUUGAAAGGUUCUCCAAGAUUGAAAUUGUAACUAUGAGGUAUCAACUCAACAGAAAAAAGAACAAGGGUGAGGAGUACCAUGUCCGGAAACCCAGCUCACAUUCUCCUCAACUAAUAUCAGCCUGUCUAACAAGUCUUUCCAGUAACGAGGAUUUCAAACAUGAAUUGAAUCCACUAUCAAAGUCACUUAUUGGUGGCAGUAUGAAUACCUGCAAGAAAAGAAUCUUGAAUUUUGUACAGGGGAAUCUCGUUUCUCUAGUUCCUAGGGUAAGAACUAGAAUGGUAAUGUCUGAGAAACCAACUGAUGGGACUGUAGCAAUGUUUUCUGGAGACAUAGAUGAUGGUGAAAUUCUUAGUGCAGAGGAUCAUAUUUCUCACCUUCCUACACUUCCUAAUACUUACAUGGCGGACUUAUUUGCGGCGCAGUUUUGUUCACUGAUGCUACGUGAAGGACAUCACCUUGUGGAAGAUAAUGUUCAGGCAAAACCAACUCGUGUGCUUAUGGCCUCAAGCAGUCAACCAAAUCCUGCUGUAGCUUUUCCCAACAAUUCUGCUGCCGAUAUGCAGCAUACUAUGCAGCAGUAUGCUGAAGCUGUUCCAGGUCAGGCAAUCAAUGAGGUGGCAAAGCAGAAUAGCGGUAAUAAUAUUUCUAUAAAUCCUUCUUCGAGUGCUCUAGGAAACAGUAGGAUGUUGCCUCCUGGAAACUCUCAGGCCUUACAGAUGUCCCAAGGACUACUAUCUGGGGCUUCAAUGCCUGCAAGGCCAUCACAACUUGAUCCACAACCACAACAACCGCAACAGCAGCAGCAAAGUCAACAGCACACUUUGCUUCAACAACAGCAUCAGCAAUUCCAGAUAUCACCAAUGAUGCUUACAUCAAAUCCUCUCACACAUUUGAAUGCCAUUGGGCAGAAUUCAAACAUGCAGUUGGGUAAUCAAAUGGUCAACAAAUCUUCAGCUCUCCAACUUCAGAUGAUACAGCAGCAACAGCAGCAGCAAUUGCAACAACAGCAGCAGCAGCAGCAGCAGCCACCGCAGCAGCAGGUACAAAUGCAGAGGAAAAUGAUGGGACUAGGUGCAGCUGUAGGUAUGGGAAAUUUGGUCAGGAUUGGAGGCCUGGGCAAUACAGCUGGAAUUGGAGGGGCAAGUGGGAUUGGUGGAACAGGAAUAUCAGCUCCAAUGACUGCUAUUUCUGGCAUGGGAAAUGUGGGCCAAAACCCAAUGAAUCUUACAGGUGCAAAUAUAACCAAUGUGAUAACCCAGCAGCUUCGAUCUGGUGCACUAACGUCACCACUACAGGCUGUCGUAUCACCUACACAGGUAGGCUCACCAUCAACCAUUGGAAUUUUACAAACGAAUCAGCCACCUCAACAACAGCAGGCCCAGCAACAGGCCAGCCCACAGCAAAUGAAUCAAAGGACUCCCAUGAGUCCCCAACUGAGCUCAGGUGCUAUUCAUGCACUAAGUGCGUGUAACCCAGAUGCCUGUCCACCCAGUCCCCAGUUGAACUCUCAGACCCUGGGCUCAGUUAGUAGCAUCGCAAAUUCUCCUAUGGAGCUAGGUGGGAACAAGAGCAACUCUGGUGGAAAUACAUAACAUGUUCUGUGCAGUAUCAUCUUAAUACUAAAUUCUAGCCGCAUCAGUGCCAAGCUAUCCCCCUCCUGGAAGAACCUUUAAAGCUAAUUUUGCAGACAGAUCAGCAUCAGUCGAUGAAAGCAGUUUGAUUUGUUGAAAAGGAAACGGUUGAUGUUUGUUCCAAUACUCUAGCCGCCUUGGUGCCUAUAUAUAACAGACUAUUUACAA